AUGUGGAGCACCGAAGAGGCGGAGGACGGAUGUGCGGUCUCGUUCUGCGAAAUGGACGUACACUGCACGAUUGUUGCCAGCCUUGAAAAGGACGCCGAGUCGAUUCGGACCAUUCCUCAGGAUGCUGCACGUUUGCUGAUCGUUCGCGUCAAAUGUGCAGCGCGAGAGAGGGAGACUAUCAUCCAGAUCCGUCUUGCUCCGCUUAUCAGAUUUCGAACGGCGCGGCUGGUUGCGUAA